GUUUACAUUUUUUGUGUGUGCUAUCAGAAAUCCAGUACUUUCUACUUACAACACAGUCUCAUUUUGUAAGUUGAAUUUUGUCAGAUGUAUCUGCUUUGUAUUUAGAUUGUACACUAUUCACAGAUGUAAAAUAGGGUUCACAUAUCUAAGUUGUUGCAAACAUACCUAUAAGUUUUCCACUUAAAGAUCUUGUCAUAUGAAUACUGAAAAGUUUCUACUGGGUCUAGUAACAAAGGAGUCAUUGUGACCUUAUCAAGGAAGCACCCACAGAAUGGUGAGGGCAGAUGGAAGAGUGGGGUGGUCUGAGGAGGUGCUUGAAGAUGAGGCCCCAGAGGCACAGGAUGUAGAUGACUUUUUCUCAGUGAUCCACAACGAACAGGAAGGAGUGGAAAGAACCAUUUCUCUGUGAAAUAUCAGGGUAAAAGCAAAAGAAGUAUGAUGGUCAAGACUCCACAGAGGAAGCAAUAUGAUUGUGGAAACCAAUCCAAACCAAAGUCUUGCUUAGGUGUCUCGAUCCCUUUGAGGAUGUCCAGUUACAUAUUCAAGAGGCCAGUUACCAGAAUUACAUCCCAUCCUGGUAGUGAGGUCAGAUGCCAUCACUGGGAGGAAGCCCUGGAUGAGCCCCAACAGGUGUGCUGGCAGAAGAGGCUACAAGGCCUCCAGGCCUGCAGCAGUACAGGGGAACCGUUAAGCACUUUGGAUCUUGCCAAAGCCUUGCAAAAACUUGAACCUAGGUGCACAGGUGAAUAUCUGCCAGAUGUUCUUGCAGGUAGUCUGAACUCCAGCCCCAUGCCCAUCCCUGCUGGGUCUUCAGGAGUUGAUCUGGGUAUCCCACAGCUCUUGUGCAAACAAUUUCUGGUGACUGAGGAAGAUAUCAGGAAACAGGAAAGGAAAGUGAAGACAGCAAGAGAAAGGUUGGCCACAGCACUGGCUGUAGACAGACUUGCUAGAGAGGCAGAGACAAUGAGGGGCCAAGAAGGACAUCCUGAAAAACACCAUGAGAAAAAGAAGCUAGUGCAGAUGAAAUGGCGCAGGGCACUUCAUUAAUGUCUCUUUGCAGUGUCCAUGGUGUCUUCAUGCCCCGAGCCCUCGAAACUUUAAUAUGUACCAGUACUUUUCUUGUAUUAAAUUAUUUUGUGUGACAUAGACAAUAGAGACAGUGAUCUUUUUGAACUGCAAGAUUGGGUUUCAGGCAAGGAGAGAAAAGAGAUCUUUCCUUUCCAUGAGGUACUGUUAUCUUCCCUUACUUUGUAUGUUAUUUGUAUUUUAAAGUCAACAGAGAGUGAUCAAGUUCAUGUGAUUAUUUAGUGUUCUGCCCUCACAGUCAGGGUAAAACAUGCCUGGUCGAAAUGGACUACUCUUUUUGUGUUAAUAUUCCAACAGAAUCCAACAUAAUAUUUUUCUUAAUGUUCUCAAAAAAGAUACCUGUUUAUAGGUCUCUAUUUUUCUGUUCUUUGUUGCACGUUAAUUCAGAGUUCAGUACAAGGAAAUACCACACCUCACUUUUAAAAAUAUCUCUAUGUGUUGGAAAUUUGAUUCAUGAAAACUGAUGUGCCAUUUUGGGGAUCAUGCUGUCAAGAGAGACUCUUCUCAGCAUCAUUAAUCUAUCACUGAGCUACUGCUCAUUGGGAUUUAAUUGUCAAUUUGCUUGAGCAACCUGUGGUAAUAUUCAAAUCCUUUUCAUCAUUACUUAACUUUUGUCUCAUGGAUUCAUCAGUUUCUGAGAAUGAGUUAUUAAAAAAUAAUAUUUGUACUAUUUCUAUCUUUCCUAAAAAUGGGCUAUUUUAAAAUUGAAUCUUCUCUCCUCUAUUCUUCCAGGAAGUACUCAUCUGGAAUUUUAGAAUGUGUUUUAACAUCUUGUUUUAAGACUAAUUCUGAUUUAGAUACACUGAAUUUUUUCUUUUCCUUAUGACUCCUGUUACAUUUUUCUGUGGUCACAUUUCUGCUUCCUGAUGUACAUCCUUGACUGGUUCUUUGACUGAAGGCCUUUGGCAGGUCAAUGUUGAGUCUGUCCAUUUUUCAGGAAGUAUUUUUAUCUUUUUCUUUGACAGAUAGUGUGGUGAGGUGUUUGAUUUAGGUUCUUAGUAGUUUUUUUCCUUCCUAGUUAUUUAGUAUUUCUGAGCCUCCAUAUCACUAGCUAUAAAAUGGGAAUGCAGGUCUCAGGGCUGGUGAGUGUAACUGAGACGAUGCACACAGAGGCUAGAGAUUGAGAGUGCAGCUGAGAAAGUUUGUCACUCACGUUGCUUAGUAGAUAUAAAGGCAUCAAUAAUGAUAGCUCUUGUUAUCAUUAUUAUAAUUUCCAGAGAAGGUAUUCUUAGAGAAUGACUGCUUAAGACUGAGGAUGUGAAGCUCACAUCAAGUAAGUCUGAAUGGUGGCAUUGCUGUGAAUUCUCCGCCCUUGGGUGUCUUCAGCUGUGGUCGUCUGCAAAAUGUGUAGAGGUCAUGCCAACUAUUCCUGCAAACCCAAAGCAGGACAGCACAGCUUGCCUUGUGCCUGGCUCAUCUGGGGCUGCUUGCUGGGGAGACCCUGCUCUGUCUAGUUGGAGUCAGUGCAGAGAAAGAUGAAGAGAGACUGUCUAGCUUUUUCCUCAGAUUUUUUCUUUCCCACUGAGUGUUACUUAUCUUUAUAUCAAAAGCAGACACUAUGUGUCUCAAGCCUGGGGAUUUCUCUGGGACUGAGGCUUCCCGGAAACCUAGUGAUUUCAGCUCCAAGUCCCAAUGUCGAUUGCCCAGUCAUUCCUGACUCACUCAUUUCUUCUUGGAUUAUUUCCCAUCUUGGAGGACCACGAGGGGAGAGGAGCCACUGAGGCAGACUGGUCUGGAAGUCCUGGUGAACCUGAGCUUCAGAGAAUGAGACAGUGUUAGGGGAACUUUGGGGGUGGGGAAAUAUGGAGGAAUGGAGAUGGGUGUGGUGGCUGGCAUGUUGAUUUUACAUGAUGACAAUGUCUGGGUCUCUUGCCAGUUCUGGUGCCUCUGAGGGACGAAAUGGCAUGAAACCAAAACACAGCUUUGCAGUUGCCCUUCAGGACUCAGUGGAAGGGAAAAACCUUUCUUCUUGGUCCCCUGUGAACUAGUCAGGGGCCAAGUCAAGAAGGGCCCAGAGACUGUGUCCGACCAAUGUGGUUUAU